AUGUCCCCUAUAUCCGAGAAGUCGAUCCCUGUCGAUCAAGAGACAGCUCCAGUAACAUCAGCUGGGCAGCUCGCAGCCACCAACAACCAGCUCGGUGGUAUGCGUCCUGUGCCAUCGCGCGAGCCCAGCAAGAUCGAGCGAAUACAAUCUAGAUUGUCCGGGACGGCGACACAUGGCGGUAUUCGGACGAGGGACUUUGGGUUCCUGCCUAUACCAAAGAAUAGGCGGUAUGACCCUUCGAUGAAGCCGGAGGAGUGCUUUCCUUGGACACUGAGGACGAAUUUUGUGUUUGCGGUGUGCUCGACUGUAUCUGUAGCAAAUCUGUACUAUUCUCAACCCAUGCUUGUAGCAAUAGCAAAAGACUUCGAUGUAGACUACAACGCCGUCGCGCAAAUCUCCACCCUCGUGCAGGCGGGGUACGGGUGCGGUAUCCUCCUCGUCUCGCCUCUCGGCGAUCUCGUACGGCGGCGACAGAUGUGCAUGCUGCUCAUGUUGACGGCGUCGUUGCUGAGUAUUGGAUGUGCGCUGGCGAGUAGUGUGAAGAUGCUGGUGGGGUUCAGCUUCUUAGUCGGCUUCGUCACGGUGACUCCUCAAAUCUGUAUCCCUUGGACGGCCGAUCUCGCGCCUAGCAACAUCCGAGCCAAGUCAAUGAGUAUCACCCUCUCCGGCCUCAUUGUGGGCCUGGUGAUGGGUCGGGUAUUGGCGGGGAUCAUCUCGAAUUUCUCAAGCUGGCGGAAUGUGUUCUGGAUGGCUGUAGCCUUACAGAGCUGCGCAUUCGGUAUCGAGUACCUCAUGUUCCCGGAUACCCCAGAUAAGGGGCUAAAUAUCUCAUAUCCCCAAGUCAUCUGGUCAAUGGCCACCUACUAUGUCAAGUACCCUACCUUAACACAAGCUGGGAUCUGCUUCUUCUUGAACAGCGCCGUCUUUGCCGGAUACUGGACCACCCAGACAUUCCUCCUCACCGACACAUACGGCUACAACACCCUCCAAAUAGGCCUCCUCGGUCUCCUGGGCCUCAUCGGCGCCCUCCUCGCGCCUCAAUGGGGCAAGCUCGUCGACCGCGUCGUGCCCUGGCUGGGCCAACUCAUGGGUCUCUCUCUUGGUUUCUCAGGCAUGAUCAUCGCCUUCGCAGGUGCAGAACGGAACGUCGCUGCGAUAGCGGUAUCAAUCCUGCUGUAUGACUGCGGGAUGCAGCUGUGGCAGGUCAGCAGCUCGUACAGGGUGGCAGGGAUCGAUCCACAGGCUCGAGCGAGGCUCAAUGGGUGUUCGCUGCUCUGUAUUUUUGCGGGACAAACAUCUGGAACAGCUAUCUUCACACACAUCUACACUGCGAAAGGCUGGCAGACCACUGGGGGCGUCAUGCUCGCUUUCGUAGGCACGAGUAUCCUGGUACUUCUCGUUCGUGGACCACAUGAGACGGGAUGGGUAGGGUGGAGCGGGGGAACGCAGCUGUUGAAGCGGGAGGCGAUGCUAGAUCUGAGUCCGCAGGCGCUCACCGAGGGGAAGAGGAGAGCGGGUGUCCCUUUGGCGCAAGGGCCCGGAGAGGAGGUGGGUCUGGAGGAGCGGAAAGAGGCUGAGAGGGAUCUGGGGGACAGGAAAGUAUGA